UUGGUGCUUUGGUCUGUAGGAACAGCCCAUUUUUAAACAGAAAGAAACACCUAGCCCUGUUGUAAUUUCGGAGUGCACACCCUGUUGUUCCUCUCAACCGUAUUCUGAGUGUUCUUUUAAACAUGAACUCUUCAGUGUCGCAUAAAUGGGGAUUUCUUGGGUGUUUUUUGACAACCUCUUUCGAAGAUGGAUUUGGGGAAUAAAACGUUACCUGCAGCUCACGCAUUAGUUUAAUCUCAGGAUUGCCAUGGGCAUUCAUAGACUCAUUGUGUUGGCCGUCUGGAUUUAAAAACAUAGCUCGCGUACAGGUGUUUAUUCCGCGAAUGACUAUCUAGUUCCCCAGCUUUGGUUUGAAUACAGUUUUUCGUUCUCUUUUUUCCUUUUUUUUUUUUGAGUGGGGGCGAAUGGUAGUAGCAGGAAACUUCUUUCCCAAAGGAUUUCGAGCGACAUGGUGGAAUUUGAAAAAAUCAUUGUGAUGGAGGUGGAAUACCCAGAAGGAAAUCCCUGUCCUGCUGUGUCCACACCACUUCCUCUCCAGACAGGCUCUCCCACUGUGAAUGAUGAUAUCGCCGCGCCAGGCAUCCCAGGAGAGGUUACAGUGAACGGAAUGGGUGCACCAGCUGGGGAACAGAGCGACGAGGCUGCCCCUCACACCAGCAGCCUUGAGCACGACAUCGAGGCCUCCAGCAUUAAACUGUGUGGGUACCUGAGCAAGUUAGGGGGCCGCCUGAAGAACUGGAAGUCCCGCUGGUUCACGUACGAAGAAGGGAAUUGCCAGCUGUUCUAUUACAGGACCUCCCAAGACGUAAACCCCCUGGGUCAAAUUGAGCUCCACAACGCCACGUUCGGCUACCCCCUCCAGGCGGACGGGGGCACCUUCCACAUCCAGACCCCAGAGCGAACCUACAUCCUCAAGGCUGUGAACCACCAGGCCAUGAUGUACUGGCUGCAGCAGCUGCAGCUGAAGCGAUGGCAGAACAGAGACCGCCCGGUGAGUCCAGUGACCGAGUCUACGCAGACCUGCGCAGGAGGACAGACCCAAUGUGCAGAUAAUGAAGAAGACUUCCUGCCGAUAGUGAAGACCCCCACAGGCGUGGUGGGAGAGGAGGCUGCCUGUCUGCCUGCUCCGCAGCGUUGCAACCUGAGCAACGUCUCCUUCAAGCAUCCCCUGACCGAGAUUCAGAACUCUGUGCACAGCCUGCGUCUGAACCGCCUGUCUCAGGAGCUGACCCGGAGCAAUUCCCUUUGCAAGGAGCAGCAGGAGACCUCCGCCUCGGAGACCUCCACCAAGAGGAGCCAGGACACUCCCGCUUCCACCUUGCCUGAGGUGGCCAUACUGCUGGCUGACUCCAGGAGAAAGGCGCAGUCGCUGUCCCCGACUUUACGCUGCAGGAAGAAGAAGAGCACCAGCUCGGCAACUAUGCCUGCAGACUGGAGGCAGAUUGGCACAGACCGGAUCUCCCGUCUCCAGCAUGAGGUCUUCUCUCUGACCGAGGAGGUCAAGUCUCAGAAGGAGCUGGUGUGGCUGCUGCACAAGGCCCUGGAGGCGGCGCAGCAGGAGAAGCGCACUUGCACACAGUUCCUGUCGGCCGAGGGCGAGCAGGAGCGCCUGGAGCUGCUCCGCCACCGGGAGCGCCACGUGGCCGACCUGGGCUCCCAGCUGGAGGCCCUGCGUGGCCACAAGGAGGCGCUGCAGCACAGCCUGGCGCAGAAGGACGCCCACAUCACCGAGCUGCAGGAGCACGUGGUGCUGAUGAUGGAGAGGAACCACGCCAAGCAGGAGGUCAUCCUCAAGCUGUCCGAGCAGGUGGGCGCCCAGCCCGCCCCCGUGGACGCCGAGAUGCGCCGGCAACAGCAGGAGGAGGUCGAGAACCUCAAGGACGACAUUGAGGCCUACAAGAUCCAGAACAAGUUCCUGAACUCGGAGAUCUACCAGCUGACACAGCUGUGGAGGAACAGCUCGGAGCAGGGCAAGAGCCUGAUGGUGAAGUGCGCCUACCUGGAGGCCAAGAACUGUCAGGUGGAGAGCAGGUACCUGGGUGUCCUGCGCAAGCUGCAGGAGAAUAAGGGCCUGGACAGCACCCAGCAGGAGGCGGUCAAGAGGCUGAUCGUGGACGCGCUGCAGGGGGACGUGACCGACAGCCUAAAACUCAACCCUGUGAAGGAAUAUGACGAGUACGGCUUCAAAGUAAUCGCCGACUACGAGGUGGAGGACAUGAAGCUGCUGGCCAAGAUCCAGGCACUGGAGAUCCGCUCCAACAACCUGCUACAGCAGGAGGCGGCGGACAGGCCGCUGCUGGGCCGCUGGGCACAGUACAUGAGCGGGCGGCCCCCGGGCGAGCUGGCCGCCUCGCCAGAGCUAAAGGCCCUGCUGCGGGCCGGCAUGCCGCGGGAGUACCGCCGCCAGGUGUGGCGCUGGCUGGUGCAGGUGCGCACCCUCUCGCUCCGGGAGCGCUACCCGCAGCGGUACCAGGAGCUGUGCGACAAGAGCCAGGCCUCCCAGCACCCGGCCUACCGGCAGAUCCAGCUGGACCUCCACCGCACCCUCACCAGCAACCAGCACUUCUCCUCGCCCUCCAACCCUGCCGUGCAGCAGCUCCACCGCAUCCUGCUGGCCUUCUCCUGGCAGAACCCCACCAUCGGGUACUGCCAGGGCCUCAACAGGCUGGCUGCCAUCGCUCUCCUGGUGCUGCAGAGUGAGGAGGAUGCCUUCUGGUGCCUGGUGGCUGUGGUGGAGACCAUCAUGCCCCAGGACUACUACAGCAAGAACCUCAUCGCCUCUCAGGUGGACCAGAGGGUUCUGAAGGACUUCAUGGUGGAGAAGAUGCCAAGGUUGAUGGCCCACUUUGAGGAGCACAACAUAGAUGUGUCCCUCAUCACCUUCAACUGGUUCCUGGUGGUGUUCGUGGAGUGCCUGGCCAGUGACAUCCUUCUGCGUGUGUGGGACGCCUUCCUGUACGAGGGCACCAAGGUAAUAUUUCGCUACGCCCUGGCACUCUUCAAGUACAAAGAGGAGGACAUCUUGAAGAUCCGUGACAACGUAGAGAUCUACCAGUACCUGAGGUUCUUCACCAAAACCAUCUCAGACAGCAGGAAGCUGACGAACAUCGCCUUUAACGAGAUGAACCCCUUCCCCAUGAAGCAGCUGCGCGCCCGCCGCGCCCUGCACCUGGAGCGUCUGCAGGCCGAGCUCAGCGAGCUGCAGAGGAUCCAGGAGGAGUUCGUCGCCGAGAGCGCCGAGCGCAAGGACAAAGACCUGGACGAGGACGAGGACGCGUGACCUCGGCCCGAGUCCGGAGAGUUCCAUUAUCAGCGGGUGGGCGGUGGGGAGAGAGACCGGGGUCGAGAAGGAUCCGGAAGCCUGACUUAGUAUAUCACCACUGCAGGCCAGUGGAGCAAGGCCAAACUAUUCACCUGCCUAUCAGCUUAAAAAUGACAAACAAUGGAAGUUAAUAUUUAACCAUUUAUUCUGAAGGAAUCCUUUUGUAUAAUUUAUAGCACUUCACAUUACAUGAUCAUUGUUGUAAAUGCAGUUUUUGGACUGGAAAGUCUGGCGGAUGUCUAAAGGAGGUGGAGUCUUCGUGAUUGGUCACUAGAGGGCAGUGUAACAAUAAACUUGCCCAAGGGAGGGACAGUGCAAUCUGGGCCAUCCAAGGUCUCGUCUGGCCAAAAGAGCUGUGAUAAAGUAAAUCCAUUGCAAAUGAUGGUAUUCAAAACUGAGCCCAACUACAGUAGCAUGCACACAGUGGAAACUUAUCUGCUUUUACCAGCCUCAUCCUACUGUGUAAACAGCAUCUCCUACAGUAGGAAAUUACUUACUGCAAGCACUCGUACUGGUACCACAGGAAAGGUAAAGAGCAAUAGGUAGGAAGGUAGUGACAAUAGAGUGGAUGACAUCAUGCAUGUCAUUAAAAUCCCUUUCCACAGUGUAAUUAUGGAAAGGCAGAAUGUCACAUCUCAUUUUGAGGUGAAUUAUUUUUUUAUGGCAUUAUUUGAGCAUUGAGCUGUACAUAUUGAAUACUGGGGAUAUGGUUCUCUACAUUUGUUUGUAUUGCUAUACAAAUCUUCACAGCAAGUUAGUAAAGUUUUAUUUUUCACUGUAUAUUCCAGCUGAAAUAUACAAUCACUGUAAGUUACCUGAAGAAAUUUGAAUACAUUCAAAAGCAUUUUGUUAUCUGUACAUAAAUGUAUAUUUCCUUAUGGUUUUCUAAUGCAGGCAGCAUUGUUUUUCUUAUUAAAUGAAUGUUUGUUCACCAUAA